GGCACCGAGAGCCCGCGGAGCGCACGGCCGCGGAGCGCGGGGAGCCCUGCCAAAGGGAGCGGGUGCCAAACCUGAAUUACCAGCCCAGAGAGCGGCUGUGGAGCCCGGCAGCUCCUGUGAUUUGCGGCAGGUUUUUCAGGUCCCCGCCUGUCAAACACACACGCAGAUACUUAAGCAGUCACCCGAGGACCUGCGGGGUUCUUGUUUUACACACUUCUGGUCCCUGCCAGCUGCAGUGCCUGGCCCCAUAGCCCUGCCCCAGGAGGAGAUGGCCAUGGAAAAGCCAGUGAUUCCCACUGAGGAGCAGCUGGAGGUCCUGGAAUACCACUUCUGCAAGGUGAAUAAGCAUCCUGACCCCACCACACUGUGCCUCAUCGCUGCUGAGACCGGGCUCUCCGAGGAGCAGACUCUGAAAUGGUUCAAGCAGCGCCUGGCGGAGUGGAGGAAGUCUGAAGGGCUGCCCUCAGAAAGCGGGUCUGUCAGGGACUAGAGGAUGCUGCUGCAAUCCCCUUGCCUCUUAUAAAGGAUGGUGAAGCUCUUCAGUGGGUUUUCUUGGGGCUCUUCUGUUGCAAUAGGUUUUGUGAUACAAAGUAAUACUCUGCUAUUUAACAUAAAUCUUAUUUAACAUGUACAUAACCAGAAAAAACCCACUAUAUAGAAAUAUAUAUAUAUAUAUACACACAUGUGUGUGUAUACGACUUUUUAUGGCUGAUAACCUAUCUUGUGAUUCCAACCCAUUAACAGCAGCUGCACAAGAAAAGGCAAUUUCAUGCCCUUAUUCCAGGCUUGCAGAAAUUUUGCCAUGAGAUAUGUUCAAAUAUAGAAAGAAGAAAUAAAGAUUCUUUUUCUUUACAAUC